AUGUCUCAGGCCGGCGCCGACAAGCUUCACCAGCCGCGCCCCGGCACCGCCUCCAUCGUCGACUCGCCGCCCUCGCCCUCGGCCGGCCUGCUGCACCGGAUCCUGCGCCUGGGCCGUGUCGAGCAAAAUGGCAUCCGCCCGCUGCCGCCUGCCGAGCGCCGCCACACGCGCUUCUUCAACAUCUUUACUGUCUGGUUCUCCAUCAAUUCAAAUAUCCUCGGCAUCACCUUUGGCAUGCUGGGCCCCUCGCUCUACGGCCUCGGCCUCCGCGACUCGGCCCUCGUCAUCCUCUUCUUCUGCCUUCUCUCCACCCUUGCCCCGGCUGCCCUCGCCAUCCUCGGCCCCAAGACAGGCAUGAGGCAGAUGAUCCAGGCCCGCUACAGUUUCGGCCGCUACCUCGUCUCCAUCCCUGUCCUUCUCAACCUCGCCACCCUCACAGGCUUCACCGUCAUCAUCUGCGUCGUCGGCGGCCAGUGCAUCUCGGCCGUCUCGGACGGCACCCUGACGCCCAACCUCGGCAUAGUCAUCAUCGCCCUCCUCUCUCUGCUCGUCUCCUUUGCCGGCUUCACUGUCCUGCACAUCUUCGAGACGUAUGCCUUUGUGGCCGCCCUCGUCAGCAUCGCCAUCGCUGCCGGCGUCGGCGGCGAUGGCCUCGCCAAGCAGUCGCAGCCCGACCAGCCCCCGACCGCGCGCCAGGUGCUCAACUUUGGCAUGAUUGUCGCCAGCUACCAGCUCCCCUGGGCCGCCAUUGCCAGCGACCUGACGACUUAUUUUGACCCCAAGGUCCCAUCCUCGCGCGUCUUUCACUACACCUACUGGGGCCUCCUCAUCCCUACAGUGCUGCUCAUGACGCUGGGGGCCGCCGUCGCCCGCGCCAUCCCCAACAACCCGGACUGGGAGGACCGCUACGGGCGCAACCUGGUCGGCGGCGCCCUCGCCGGCAUGCUGGCUCCCGCGGGCGGCUUCGGCAAGUUUGUCGUCGUGGUGCUGGCGCUGUCGCUGCUCGGCAACACGUGCGGCACCUUUUACGCCAUCUCGCUCAACUUCCAGACGCUGGUCCCGUGGCUGGCCCGGGUGCCGCGCUACGUCUUUUCCAUCGUCACGACGGCCGUCGUCAUCCCCGUGGCCAUUGCGGCCGUCGACAACUUCCUAGUCAACCUGGAAAACUUCGUCGCCCUCAUCGGCUACUGGUCGGCAGCCUUUGUCGGCAUCGUCGCCGCCGAGCACCUCGUCUUCCGCCGCGGCCGCUACGACGCCUACGACCACGCCGUCUGGAACUCGGCACGCCGCCUGCCCCUCGGCGCGGCGGCCCUCGGCGCGGGCGUCGUCUGCUUCGGCCUCGUGGUGCCGUGCAUGGACCAGGCGUGGUGGACGGGGCCCAUUGCCAAGACGACGGGCGACAUUGGCUUCGAGGUGGCCUUUGUCGUGAGCGCGCUGACGUAUGUGCCCUUGCGACACCUGGAGAAGCGCUUUACUGGCCGGUGA